UGAAUGCCUCCUUUCUGCCUUUCAGAUAUGGCCAUGCCCAGUUCCCUUUUGUGGGCUGUUGACAUUUUUGGGAGGGUUUACACUCUAUCCACUGUUGGCCAGUACUGGGAGCUCUGUAAGGAUACACAGCUGGAAUUCAAAAGGAUUUCUGCUGUCAAACAGUGCUGCUGGGGAAUAGCCUGUGAUCAUCAAGUAUACACCUACGUGUUCCCGGGUGAUGUUCCUAUUAGAUACCAAGAAGAAACCUACGAGAAUCAGCGCUGGAAUCCAGUCGGUGGCUUUUGUGAGAAAUUGCUGCCCAGUGACCGCUGGCAGUGGAGUGAUGUGAGCGGGCUAAAACAUCAGCAGCUUGAUAGUUUCACACUGCCUUCACCACACUGGGAGUGGGAAUCUGACUGGUAUGUGGAUGAAAAUAUUGGAGGGGAACCAACAGAGAAAGGGGGCUGGACUUACGCCAUAGACUUCCCCAGCACCUACACAAAGGAUAAGAAAUGGAAUUCUUGUGUCAGACGCAGGAGGUGGAUCAGAUACAGGAGAUACAAAUCCCGGGACAUGUGGGCAAAGAUCGUAUCACAUAAUGAUCCAGAUCAGUUGCCAGACCCUUUCAAUGACAUCUCCAUUGGAGGAUGGGAGAUCACUGAUGAACCUCUUGGCCGUUUAUCAGUGUGGGCAGUGUCUUUACAAGGAAGGGUGUGGUACAGAGAAAAUGUCUGCCAUCACAAUCCAGAAGGUUCCAUGUGGUCCUUAAUCACCACUCCUGGUGAAGUUGUACAGAUCAGCUGUGGACCAUAUGACCUCCUUUGGGCCACUCUUUGGGAAGGGCAAGCUAUUGUGAGAGAAGGAAUUGACAGGAAUAACCCUCAAGGAAUUUCCUGGAGUAUUGUGGAGUCUCCAAGCUCUGAAAAUGGGAUUAUGCACGUCUCUGUGGGUGUUGAUGUGGUGUGGUGUGUUACAAAGGAUAGAAAAGUGUGGUUUAGAAGAGGAGUGAACUCACAUAAUCCUUGUGGAACAAGUUGGAUUGAAAUGGUUGGAGAAAUGAUGAUGGUAACUGUAGGCUUAAAUAACCAGGUCUGGGGAAUCGGCUGUGAUGACAGAGCAAUUUAUUUUCGCCAAGGUGUCACACCAAGUGAGCUCAGUGGGAAGACAUGGAAGGCAAUUGUGUCUAGCAGAGAGAGUGACAGAUCUCAAACUGGGAGCUCAACAAGUCUGCUCAGUGCUGGCUGUUUCUUUACUGAUGAUAUUCAGAACCAAACAAACGCAAUCGUUCAGGGUGAUACUUCCUCUGAUACAGAGCUUCCAAGUGUACCCAUGAACCCUGCCAACACCCCCCCGAUAGGAGCUGCAGCCAGCAGCAGUGCUAACAGCACAGACAACCAGACAGAAGAAUGUGCACAACUGACUGUGGAUCCUCUGGACUCUGAUCAAGGAGAAGCCACUGUUGUUUUGACCAAUAAUGAGAAAGCUAAUCUUGAAACGCAUAAAGCUUCUACAAACCCAAAUCCUUCUGCAGAACUGCAGUGGACAAAUAUUGACUUGAAGGAGGUCCAAAAGCAUCCAGUCCUCUCUGUCAGCACUUUUGCAGAAACAUCCAGCCUGUCUUCCCUGGGCAUGUUCUCAGUGGGAGCUGAAGAGCAGUAUGGAGCUGAUGAGCACCCACUGUGGGCCUGGGUGUCUGGGGGAGGCUGUCUUGUAGAUCUGCACAGCCCUUUGAAGUGGUUCACUGUUCCAUCAGGUUUGUUGUCCUCUGUGCAGUCUCUGUCUCUGUCAAUCACUCCAGCACAGACAGCAGCAUGGCGAAAGCAGAUUUUUCAGCAGCUUAGUGAAAGGACAAAGCGGGAACUGGAGAACUUUAGGCACUAUGAGCAGGCAAUCGAGCAGUCAGUGUGGGUUAAAACUGGAACCUUGCAAUGGUGGAGGAAUUGGAAGCCUCACAAAUGGGUGUAUGUUCGAGUUGCACUUGAGCAGUUCAUCGGGAGCGAUGGAAUGCGUGACAGCAUCCUCUUCAUCUACUACAUGUAUCAUGAGGAGAAAAAGUAUAUCCAUGUGUUCCUGAAUGAAGUCACUAUUAUAGUUGAAAUUCUGAAUGAAGCCAAACACUCCUUUGCACUGUAUACACCUGAAAGGACGAAGCAACGAUGGCCGAUCCGCCUGGCAGCCACAACAGAGCACGAAAUGCAUGACUGGCUCUCUUUGCUGAACAUGUCCUGUUGUGAAAGCAGACGGAUCCAAGGCCCUCCUUCUCACCAUGCCAUUUGGUCAGUUACUUGUAAAGGAGACAUCUUUGUUAGUGAGCCAAGUCCUGAACUGGAGGCUGGACCACACCUGACACCAUGUGAUCAAAUGUUUUGGCGUCAAGUUGGAGGUCAUCUUCGACUGAUAGAGUGCAAUAACCGAGGCGUAGUGUGGGGCAUAGGAUAUGAUCACACAGCUUGGGUUUAUACUGGUGGAUAUGGAGGUGGCUUCAUUCAAGGACUGGCCAGUAGUGCUGAUAACAUUUACACACAGUCAGAUGUGAAAUGUGUUUACAUCUAUGAAAACCAACGGUGGAACCCAGUCACUGGAUACAGCAGCAGAGGUCUGCCCACGGACAGAUACAUGUGGAGUGAUGCAUCUGGCCUGCAGGAAUGUACGAAAGCCAAUACCAAGCCUCCUUCUCCACAGUGGUCUUGGGUAUCCGAUUGGUACAUUGAUUUUAAUAUCUCAGGCGGAACUGAUCGGGAAGGCUGGCAGUAUGCAGCAGACUUUCCAGCGUCCUACCAUGGUCACAAGACAAUGAAAGACUUUGUCCGACGGAGGCGCUGGGCAAGAAAAUGUAAGAUAGUCACCAACGGGCCAUGGCUGGAAGUGCCUCCAGUUACCCUGUGGGACAUCUCCAUAAUUCCCAGUUCAGAUGCAGAUGAUGAAGAAGCAGUAGCACUGUGGGCAAUCAGUGACAAAGGAGACGUGCUCUGCAGGCUUGGAGUGACACAGCAAAAUCCAGCUGGAACAUCCUGGCUGCAUGUGGGGACAGAUCAGCCUUUCAUUUCCAUCUCAAUUGGAGCAUUUUACCAAGUGUGGGCUAUUGCUAGAGAUGGUUCUGCCUUCUAUCGGGGUUCAGUGUCUCCAAAAAAACCUGCAGGUGACUGCUGGUACCAUAUUCCUUCACCUCAAAAACAAAAGCUAAAACAAGUCUCAGUAGGACGAACAUCUGUGUUUGUGUUGGAUAAAAAUGGCAAUCUUUGGUACCGGCAAGGUAUCACACCAAGCUACCCUCAAGGAUCUACUUGGGAUCAUGUUUCAAAUAACAUCCGUAAAAUGUCUGUAGGGCCCCUGGACCAGGUCUGGGUGAUAGCUGACAAAGUGCAAGGAAGUCAUAGUUUGAGCUGUGGGACCGUCUGCCAUCGGAUUGGUGUUCAGCCAAUGGAACCUAAAGGCCUCUCAUGGGAUUAUGGUAUUGGGGGUGGAUGGGAGCACAUUACAGUCAGAGGAAAUGCAACUGAAGCAUCUAGGGCCACUGCACAUGACACUUCAGAGGAAAACCCUGCAGUAUCAAAGGAUAGAGAAGAUGAGGAGAGUAAAGGGAAAACAGAACACUCUAAAAAGUCUCUGAUGCUCAGUGAAAGUCAAGAAUUGGACAGAAAUGCUGUUAAUUGUUAA